CAAACGGAGCUCACAGCCUCACACAGUUAAAUUUGGAAACCUAUGAUGUCCGGUUUUUGGAGGAUGGCAAGCACAAAAAUCAUCUUUGAAUAUGCUACCUUUUCUAUUCUCCUGCUUGUAUCCUUAUCCUAUGUAGCUACAAGCUUUAAUGUUAGCACUCUUUGCAUCAAGGAAGAGAGAAUUGCCCUCCUCAAAAUCAGGAAAGAUCUUAAAGAUCCUGGGAAUUGCCUUUCUUCAUGGAUUGGGAAAGAGUGCUGUAAUUGGAAGGGUAUAGAAUGUGACAAUCAAACUGGUCACAUCCUAAGGCUUAACCUUCAGAACUCACACAUCUGUGGCAUGAAAUGGUCUCCCUUAAGUGGUCAGUUAAAUCCUUCAUUGACAUACUUAAAACAUCUGACUUACUUGGACCUUAGUUAUAAUGAUUUCCAAGGAGUCCCCAUUCCAAAAUUUAUAGGAUCUCUUGGUAUGUUGAGUUACCUUGACCUAUCUCGGGCAAACUUUUCUGGAAUGGUCCCUUCUCAAGUUGGAAAUUUGUCAAAUUUGCAUUAUUUAGAUAUCUCAAGUCUAAUAGCAUCAUCAAUAUGGGUUAGAGAUAUAAGCUGGCUUUCUCUUUUGUCUAACCUUCAACAUCUAAACAUGAAUUUUGUUAACAUUAGCUGCCCAUCAACUGAAUUGUUUCAAGCUGUAAAUAUGAUUCCGUCGCUGCUAGAGUUACAUUUGUCCUUUUGCAAUCUUGAUACUCUCCCUCCAUCACUUCCAUUUCAAAACAUUACAUCACUUUCCAUUCUUGACCUCUCUUUCAAUGAUUUCAGUUCCACAAUAAUACCUUCUUGGUUGUUUAAUAUAAGCACACUCACAGAAAUAAAUCUUUAUUUUUCAUAUCUCAGUGGCCCCCUUAGUAGUAAGUUUGGGAGAGGGAAACUCUGCAAACUUCAGAAGAUACACCUGUCAAACAAUUACCAGCUUACUGGGGAUAUAUCUGAAUUGUUGGAGGCCUUGUCUUGUAGCAACCAAACUCUAGAGUGGCUCUUACUGAGUUCAAAUCAACUAACUGGGAAAUUGCCUAAUUCUUUAUGGCAGUUUAACUCUCUGGUGGAACUUGAUCUCUCAAACAACUCACUCUCAGGUCCAAUACCAGCAUCUGUAGGCAAUUUAUCCAGUCUAGGUUCACUGAACCUGCAAGGCAACAUGAUGAAUGGUGAAGUUCCAGAAAGUAUUGGUCAACUAACCAAGUUGUCAAGUCUAAAUCUGCUCCAAAACUUUUGGGAAGGUACAAUGACCAAUAUUCAUUUCCAUAAUCUGACAAAUCUCAUAUCUUUCUCUGUAUCAUCCAAAAAUAAGUCACUGGCUUUGAAAGUGACGCAUGACUGGGUUCCCCGUUUUCACUACUUAUAUAAUGUGGAAAUUCGUGACUGUCAAGUUGGCCCAGCAUUUCCUAACUGGCUCAGAAACCUAAAGUCCCUGCUUAAUAACAUAGUUUUAAUCCUAGAAAAUGUUGGAAUAUCGGAGGAGAUGCCCCUUUGGCUUUUCAACAUAUCCUCCCAAAUUUGGCAGCUUGAUCUUUCUCACAACAAUAUAUUUGGUUACCUUCCCAAAGCAUUGAACUUCUCUUCCUCAUUUUCACCCAUUAUUAACUUAGCUUUCAACCAGUUGAAGGGUUCUCUCCCACUUUGGUCUGGUGUGUCUGCACUCUACCUAAGGAACAAUUUGCUUUCCGGAGAAAUACCAGUUGAUAUUGGCAAAGAGAUGUCACAAUUGACAGAGUUGGACCUCUCAAAUAACUACUUGAGUGGGAGCAUUCCUCUGUCUAUUAAUAAGAUGCAAAGUCUUAGUUAUCUUGAUCUGUCCAACAACCAUUUGGUGGGAGAAAUACCCAUAUUUUGGAUGGGUUUGCAGAGGUUGGGAAUUAUUGAUCUAUCCAAUAACAGUUUCUCAGGUGGAAUUCCAACCUCAAUAUGCUCAUUGCCUUCACUUUUUAUCUUAGACUUGAGCAACAAUAACCUCUCCACAGACUUGUCUUCGGUUUUUCAAAAUUGUACUAAAUUGGAAACUCUUGUGCUAAGAAACAAUAGGCUUUUUGGGUCCAUUCCAAAAGAUGUCACUAAAAAUCUUCCUUUACUUGCUGAGUUACUAUUGCGAGGUAACACAUUAACUGGAAGCAUCCCUGAAGACCUAUGUCAUCUACCUUUUCUUCAUUUGUUAGAUCUUGCAGAAAACAGAAUAUCAGGUUCUAUUCCUGCAUGUUUAGGAGAUGUGCACGGUUACAAACUGCCUCAAACAUAUUUUAUAUAUCUGAUGUAUUCAUUUGUUUCUGAAGACCAUGUACCAUACACGAGGCAUAUAGAAUUGGUCUUCGGUGGCAGAAUAAAGGACUAUAUCAACCAGAUGGCAGUGCAUUCGACCAUUGAUCUUUCUAAAAAUGAUCUUACUGGAGAGAUACCAGAAAAGUUGAGUGAGCUAGUUCACUUGGGUGCCUUAAAUUUGUCAUGGAAUCAUCUCACUGGUAACAUACCAAGCAACAUUGGAUCAUUGACUGACUUGGAAAGCCUUGAUCUUUCCCACAACCAUCUUUCGGGUUCAAUCCCACCAAGCAUGACUUCAAUGACUUUCUUGAGUAAUUUGAGCUUGUCAUACAACAACUUGUCAGGACAGAUUCCAGUAGCUAAUCAAUUUGGGACAUUCAGCGAUCCAUCGAUUUAUGAGGGCAACCCACAUCUUUGUGGAACACCACUGCCAACUAACUGCUCCUCAUUAAUGUUGCCACCAAGGGAUGAAGAAGAAGAUGCAAAUGAAGGUGAAGACAAGAGUGAAAGGUUCUGGUUAUAUGGAAGCAUUGCUUUUGGGUACAUCACGGGCUUCUGGGUGGUAUGCGGCAGUUUGAUAUUGAAGAGGUCUUGGAGACACGCCUAUUUUAAUUUUGUCUAUGACAUGAGAGAUAAGUUACUGGUCUUUAUUGCUGUUAAUAUGGUUCGUGCGAAACGCAGGUUUGGAUUGGAAACAAACUGAGACGACAACCAUAAAGUGUGUACCAUAGUAAUUAGUUUUCCCUUUUUUUUUUCUUCUUCUUGUGUAUGUUGUUUUAAGUUGUGUUUGUAUGCGUUGUUCAGGGAUGGCAACACUAUCCAAAUUUGCCGGUACUCACUCCAUCUCUACCUGUUCGGGGUGGGUAUUUAGCGGGACGGGGUGGGAUGAGGUUGGAUUUUGGUACUAUUUGC